CUCUCUCUCUCUCUCUCUCUCUCCUCUCACAGCUGCUUCAAUUUGAAGCUGUCUUUUUUUUUUUUCCUUCUCUCUCUCUCUAUCUCUCUCUCUACCAACUAUUCGUAUCUCUCUAUCUCUACGGACACUUUUGUUUGUACUAGGGUUUAAUCUCUGUGAGGUUUUUCAGCUCUGCUUCGAUUUCUAGGGUUUUGUCUAUUUCUCUCUCUUUCAUGGCGGCGGAGAAGCUCAGGGAUUUGAGUCAGCCGAUUGACGUCGGCUUACUCGAUGCCACCGUCGCUGCCUUCUAUGGCACCGGAUCUAAGGAGGAGAGGACCGCUGCAGACCAUAUUUUGCGGGAUUUGCAAAACAAUCCAGACAUGUGGCUUCAAGUGGUUCAUAUUCUAUCAACUUCACAGAAUUUGAACACCAAGUUUUUCGCUUUGCAGGUUCUGGAAGGUGUAAUUAAGUACAAAUGGAAUGCAUUGCCGGCUGAACAACGAGAUGGAAUGAAAAAUUAUAUUUCUGAUGUCAUUGUAAAGCUAUCAAGUGAUGAGAUCUCUUUUCGGCGGGAAAGGCUGUAUGUCAACAAACUUAAUAUUAUAUUGGUACAGAUUUUGAAGCACGAGUGGCCAGCCAGAUGGCGAAGCUUCAUUCCCGAUCUUGUUGCUGCAGCAAAAACUAGUGAAACUAUUUGUGAGAACUGCAUGGCCAUAUUGAAACUUCUAAGCGAAGAAGUUUUCGAUUUCUCAAGGGGUGAAAUGACGCAGCAGAAGAUCAAAGAGCUUAAACAAUCACUGAACAGUGAGUUUCAACUCAUUCAUGAGUUAUGCCUAUAUGUACUAUCAGCAGCAUCUCAAAGAACUGAGCUUAUGAGGGCUACACUAGCCACAUUGCAUGCUUUCCUUUCAUGGAUUCCUCUGGGAUAUAUAUUUGAAUCUCCACUGCUUGAAACGCUCCUGAACUUUUUUCCUGUGCCGUCUUAUCGGAAUCUCACCCUCCAAUGUUUGACUGAGGUUGCAGCCCUUAAUUUUGGGGAUUUCUAUAACAUGCAGUAUGUUAAAAUGUAUAAUAUAUUCAUGGUGCAAUUGCAGGCCAUUCUUCCUUCCAGUACUAACAUCCCCGAUGCUUAUGCGGCUGGUACUAGCGAUGAGCAGGUGUUCAUUCAGAACCUGGCUCUGUUUUUCACCUCAUUUUAUAAGUCUCAUAUUCGGGUGCUAGAAUCCUCACAAGAGAAUAUAUCUGUGCUCCUAUUGGGUCUUGAGUAUCUCAUUAACAUUUCAUAUGUGGAUGACACCGAGGUUUUUAAGGUUUGCUUGGACUACUGGAACUCUUUAGUUCUGGAGCUUUUUGAGGCUCACCAUAAUCUGGAUAAUCCUGCAGCAAUCGCAAACAUGAUGGGACUGCAGAUGCCAUUUCCUGGUAUUGUUGAUGGUCUUGGUUCACAACUGGUGCAGCGACGGCAGCUUUAUGCUGGUCCAAUGUCAAAGUUGAGAUUACUUAUGGUUUGCCGUAUGGCUAAGCCUGAAGAGGUUCUGAUUGUUGAAGAUGAAAAUGGGAAUAUAGUCCGUGAAACUAUGAAGGACAAUGAUGUCCUAGUUCAAUAUAAGAUCAUGAGGGAAACACUUAUCUACUUGUCACACCUUGAUCAUGAAGAUACUGAAAAGCAGAUGCUGAAGAAAUUGAAUAAACAGCUGAGUGGUGAGGAUUGGACAUGGAACAACUUAAACACAUUGUGCUGGGCAAUAGGAUCUAUAUCUGGGUCCAUGAUGGAGGAGCAGGAAAACAGAUUUCUGGUGAUGGUAAUUCGUGAUCUACUAAAUUUGUGUGAAAUCACAAAAGGAAAGGACAACAAAGCUGUUAUUGCAAGUAACAUUAUGUAUGUUGUUGGACAGUACCCAAGAUUUCUUAGGGCCCAUUGGAAGUUCUUGAAGACUGUUGUGAAUAAGUUGUUUGAGUUCAUGCAUGAAACGCAUCCCGGAGUUCAGGAUAUGGCUUGUGACACAUUCUUGAAAAUUGUUCAGAAGUGCAAGCGUAAAUUUGUUAUUGUACAGCUUGGAGAAAGCGAACCAUUUGUAUCUGAGCUUCUAACAAGCCUUCCUACAACUAUAGCUGAUCUUGAGCCCCAUCAGAUUCAUUCAUUUUAUGAAUCAGUUGGUAAUAUGAUUCAAGCAGAAUCUGAUCCUCAGAAGAGGGAUGAAUAUUUGAAAAGGCUGAUGGAGCUUCCAAAUCAGAAAUGGGUUGAAAUUAUAGCACAGGCACGCCAUAGUGUGGAUUUCUUGAAAGAUCAAGAUGUAAUCAGGACUGUCCUUAAUAUAUUGCAGACAAAUACAAGUGUUGCCAGUUCACUUGGAACAUAUUUCUUAUCUCAAAUAUCACUGAUCUUUUUGGACAUGCUUAAUGUAUACAGAAUGUACAGUGAGCUCAUAUCGACGACCAUUGCAGAAGGGGGCCCCUUUGCAUCUAAAACAUCUUAUGUAAAACUUCUGCGCUCAGUAAAAAGGGAGACUCUUAAGCUCAUUGAGACAUUCUUGGACAAGGCUGAAGAUCAACCGCAAAUAGGAAAACAAUUUGUUCCUCCAAUGAUGGACCCUGUACUUGGUGAUUACGCUAGGAAUUUGCCUGAUGCAAGGGAAUCUGAAGUCUUGUCACUUUUUGCUACAAUAAUUAACAAGUACAAAGGUGCAAUGAUAGAGGAUGUGCCUCGAAUUUUUGAAGCUGUGUUUCAAUGUACCUUGGAGAUGAUCACCAAAAACUUUGAAGAUUACCCUGAGCAUCGCCUCAAGUUCUUUUCACUGCUUCGUGCCAUUGCUACACAUUGUUUUCCUGCUUUGAUUCGUCUGUCAAGCCAGCAACUAAAGCUUGUUAUGGAUUCUAUCAUAUGGGCUUUCCGACAUACUGAAAGGAACAUUGCUGAAACUGGACUAAACCUUUUGUUGGAGAUGCUGAAGAACUUUCAGACUUCUGAGUUUUGUAAUCAAUUCUACCGGACUUACUUCGUGACAAUCGAGCAAGAAAUUUUUGCUGUCUUAACAGACACGUUUCAUAAACCUGGGUUCAAGUUGCAUGUCUUGGUGCUGCAGCACUUGUUUUGCCUGGCAGAGUCUGGUUCAUUGACAGAACCUUUAUGGGAUGUGACGACUGUUACUUAUACAUAUCCAAAUAAUGCAAUGUUUGUUCGUGAGUAUACUAUUAAACUUUUGGGCACAUCAUUCCCCAACAUGACAGCAACUGAGGUAGCACAAUUUGUGAGUGGACUGUUCGAGUCAAGAAAUGAUCUUUCCACAUUUAAGGAUCACAUACGGGACUUUCUUGUGCAGUCAAAAGAAUUCUCAGCUCAGGACAACAAGGAUCUCUAUGCAGAAGAAGCUGCUGCUCAGAAAGAAAGGGAGCGACAGCGGAUGCUCACUAUUCCGGGUCUUAUUGCGCCCAAUGAGAUACAAGAUGAGAUGGUGGACUCAUAGACGUCUAAUUUGCUGUGGAAACAGUUUCCAUGGGUUUUUAACUCCAGAUUUGCUGUGGACACCUGGAAUAUCUUCUCUUCCAUACAUUUUUGGAGGUUACCACUUCAGUAAUUUUUUCCCCAUUUUUUUGCUCAUAUUUCCCGAAUUUUCUUUAGUUUUGCACGGGUAAAUCAUGGCGGUGUCCCAGUGCAAAGGCUUGGCUACUGAUGGAAGGAACUACUGGGUUGGUGUAGAGUAUUUAGAGAAUUCUAAUGUAGGAUGAUGAUUAUAGUUAGUCGUCGUUUGUAUGGGGUUCCUGAAUUCAGUCAGCUUGUGGCAUUAUAAUUCAUGAGAAAAGGUAGAGAGAGAGAGAGGGAGAGAGAGAGAGAGAGAAACCGUUUAAAAUGACAUUUUAUCAAUGUUGAUGAGAUCCAAAGUAGGGUGUAAUGUAUACGACCUUUGGCAUGUGCAGAAAAAUUCUUUGUUUAAUCGGGUGGAGAUUAGAAUGAUAUGUGUCUUGGUAUUGGUAUUAUUAGUCAAGAGAUCUGAUUUUGUUUCUCUUAAAAUUUUGUUUGAGAUAACAUAAUAUGGUGUUUAUAAGAGAUGUGUCAACCAUCUUUGUCUUA